AUGGCUCAAGGAUCGAGACGAUACAGGCUAUGGAUGGGAGGAGGACAAAGCGCGACGGAGAAGAGGGUGGACCACCUGGCCAGCCGGGGGCCUGUGGUGACGCUAGCGGACGGCAACUUCACCCGUUACACGGGCGGCAAGUCGAGGCCGUACAGCGUCGUCGUGCUCUUCACCGCUCUGGGGUCCCAGUACAAGUGCACCGCGUGCAGGACGGUGGAAGAACCGUACGUCAAGGUGGCGGAAGCCUACUCGCGGCAGUACGACAUCCGAGAGGCCGAGCACAAGGUCGUCUUCGCGAGGAUAGACAUUGGGAAUGGAGGAGUAAGAGGGAUAAGGUUAUUCCUCGUUGUUCGGAGUUGUUUGUGGCGGGGGUCGGCGGAGGGCGGUCGGGCGGUGCUCCUUCGAGGGGACGGAGCCCCUACCAUUAUAGGCAAAGCGCGAGCUAAAGGAGGGGUUGUGAUCGUUGCUGACUCGUCGGGGCUGCUGCCGGCCGCGUUGCUCCUCGGCGCUAUCCUAGGAGUCGCCGCACACUUCCUCGCGGACGUGCCGUCGAGGGUGAUGACAACGGUGCGGCACAAGGGGCUCUGGUUCACGGUGUCCCUGGGGUGCUACAUGACCGGCGUCGGGGGCAUGAUCUACUGCAUCAUCCGCAACCCUAAGACACACGGCUACCACCAGGACGGGGCAACGGCGAUGAUGAGCGCGGGGGGGAGAGACCAGUUCUGGUACGAGGGUAUGGUGGUGGCGGUCUUGUACCUCUUCAUGUCCGCGGCCAUCCUAGGCGUGUACUACGCAGCGAGUUGGAAAAGGGUUCCCUCCCCUUUGCGGACGGCUGCGGUUCUCGCGUGCAUCACCGUCCUGUGCUACGUGGUCUCGGUGUACAUGGCGCUCUACGCCAAGAAGACGCCGUGGUACAACUUGAAAGAGAUGAUUCCCCCCGUGAUAUCGGAGUUCCACAAGGGGCCGUUGAAGCGGAAGCACGGACUCCUGAGGCGCCUGGUGCGUCUGUCUUACCUCUGGCUGGACGACUACACGGGAUUCUGGACGUUCUGCACGAAGCUGAAGAUGCUCCUGUGGGACUACCUGGUUCGGAGGCUGGACACGGCUCUACGGGCGUGGAUGCCGUCGUCCUGAUGCUUGAUGGGAGGGCGAUUUGUGUGUGUAUGUAAGUAGUGAAGAGGAUUUAAAGUGGCGUUACAAUAUCCCUAUCGCGGGGUGUCGAACGUAGUUAGUGGCUGACGUCAUCAUUGUGAUCGGUGUGCCCCUGGGAGGUUCGGACACCAAUGGUUUGUGUGGACCUUGUCCGCUCACGCGGCAAGGGAGCAUUGGUUUCACAAAAGUGUCUUGAUCCAUAAGGGAGGAUAGGUUUAUGUAUACGGCGCGAGUGAG